AUGGAUGGCUUACGGUAUCGACUGAAUGCUGUGGCUAUCAACAGAAUUUUGAGACAAGGUUUUAGAUAUUAUUCUCGAAAACCUGCCAGCAAACGAGUAAGUAAUGGACCUGCCAGAUUUAAGUUGCAAAAUGACAUACGAAACGUCCAAAAACCUGCCAAAACUGGCAAUGCAAAGGCACAAGACCGUGGCGUUUUCCAUUACGGUAGCUUUGGAGGGCUCAAAGAAAUAGGUGAAGCAGAAACUCAGAAAACUGCAGAAGUUUUGAAAAAGAUAUCUGACUUCGAGCAGCUGAAAAUCUUGCCAAAAGUACGAACAGCAUUGCAACAGGUCAUAUCUGAGGAGUCGAUUGCAUUGGACAGCAGUAAAGAUGUGUCGUCGAUUAAGCCUUCGCCGAUCCAGGUCGCAGUUACCCAGAAAAUUGCACGAACGCUUAUGGAUAAGCAGCUUCAAAUCAACACUAUUGCAGCAGAAACAGGCUCGGGGAAGACCAUUGCAUAUUUAGUGCCUCUUCUCGACUACCUUAAGCGUGUGGAGGACGAAACGCCCGAAAGCUGGGAUCUCAUCAAGGACAAGGCCAUAGUCAGAUCCGUCAUCUUGGUUCCGACGCACGAGCUCGUUGAGCAGGUUUACAGAACUGUUAGUCAGAGCGCUGCGUUAUUGGGUCUCAAUGCAUUCCGAUGGAAUAUGAACACCUCAUACACUGACUUCAUAGAUGCUGUGAAAAACAGGAUUGAUGUUAUGGUCACAACUCCGGGAAAAAUCCUGAAUACUUUCAAAGUUAGGAUCAUCAACAGGCCUGACCGGCUAUUUUCUGGCGUGAAAUUUGUGGUUUUGGAUGAGGCCGAUACGCUAAUGGAUAAAUCUUGGUUGGAGGAGACUCACAGCGCUAUACAAACAUUUCCAAAUGUUAAUCAUCUAAUUUUCUGUUCCGCGACCAUUCCUAAUGAGUUCAGUAAAACAAUGGACAGAUUAUUUCCAACCAGAAAGUCAAUUACAACCCCCAAGCUGCACAAAAUAUCACGGAAAAUUGAUUUUAAACUAAUCGACGCUAGCCUCAACCCAUACAAAGGUUCAAAAAUGAAGGUUUUGUCUCAAAUCCUUUAUGCAGUCUUGAAGGACGGCACGGAGGCAGGGUUCGAAAAGAGAUGCGUCGUGUUUGUUAAUGAAAAGAAAGAUGCCAAGAAAGUCGAAGAACAAUUGAGAUCCAAAUAUGGCCAUGACUGCAUCAGCUUGACCGGAGAAGAUACGGUGGAGGAGCGGCUUCAAAAAAUUGAUUUGUUUGUCAAGCCUGCCAGACCUCUCGAGUCUCUUGAAUCUAAUGCGACCGUUUCGGAACUAAUUGAGGACACCGCAGAAUUUCUACCCAAUUCGAAUAUCAGAAUGAAUAGAACAAAACCGGUCACUGCCAGCCAAAAGAAGGUUUCUCUGAAGGUCUUGGUGACCACCGAUCUGAUGGCAAGAGGGUUGAACUUUCACGGGAUCAGGAACGUUAUACUUUACGACGUACCUAAGACGGCCAUUGAUCUGGUCCACAGAGCUGGAAGAACAGGAAGGAUGAUGCAAGGUGGCAGGGUGUUCAUGAUAACUGAUAAAAAAACGAAAUCCUGGGCCAAAGCAAUACCAAAAAUAGUGAGGAGUAACAAGACUCUUUCUUAG